ACUCGCCUUCCACUAAAAAGUAAAACCCUCUUUGAUUCCUCCCAUUUUCUCGGCCUGGAAAACUUUCCACUGCUUCUCGGGAAAAUUUCAUUCAGAGAACGAGAAAAUGCUUCUCAAGGCCGCUUCUGCUUUCUCACUCAACAUCCAUGGAGAAAAGAAGGAUAUCUCUCCUUUGCUCUCCUCCAUUUCGUCCGCCACUGGUUUCUCGUCGAAUCUUCGGAUUUCUUCUGGAAGAUCCUUGAACCAGUCGUUUGUCGUUCGCGCUUCCAAGGGCUCCACUACUCGCACAUUGGCUGGCGUCGUUUUCGAACCGUUCGAGGAGGUGAAGAAGGAGCUCGAUCUCGUCCCCACCGUUCCUCAGCUCUCGCUCGCUCGGCAGAAGUACUCCGACGAGUGUGAAGCCGCCGUAAAUGAGCAGAUCAACGUUGAAUACAACGUCUCUUAUGUGUACCACGCCAUGUACGCCUACUUCGAUCGGGACAACGUUGCGCUUAAGGGUCUCGCCAAGUUUUUCAAGGAAUCGAGUGAAGAGGAGAGAGAGCAUGCCGAGAAGUUGAUGGAGUAUCAGAACAAACGUGGCGGGAGAGUCAAGUUGCAGUCGAUUGUGAUGCCCCUUUCAGAAUUCGAUCAUGUGGAGAAAGGAGAUGCUUUGUAUGCUAUGGAGUUGGCUCUGUCUCUGGAGAAACUAACAAAUGAAAAGCUCCUAAACGUGCACAGCGUGGCGUCGAAGAAGGACGAUGUCCAGUUGGCUGAUUUCAUCGAGAGCGAGUUUCUGGGCGAGCAGGUCGAAGCCAUUAAGAAGAUCUCAGAGUAUGUUGCUCAACUCAGAAGACUCGGCAAAGGACACGGAACUUGGCAUUUUGAUCAAAUGCUUCAAGAAGAGCAAGCCGCCGCCGCUUGAUGAUGCGUUUGGGGGCCUUGUAUGUCUCCUGUUUGGAUUCCUUAAAAAAGUGUUUUUUUUUAAAUCUCGGAUUAUUAUAAUUUCGAGUUUUAGACUUCAGCAACUUUGAAGAUGUGUUUCUGAGGAAAAAUUGCGGAUCUUUGGGACGUCAAUCUUACAUUUUGGAUGAUUUAUUUUCAA